GGCACAUGGGAGGGGAGGAAAGGAGAGGGGAGAAGAGAAGAAAAGAGGGGAAGAGUGGGAGAAGAGGAGGAGAGGAGGAGGAGAAGAGGGGGCGAAGAGAGGGAGAAGAGGGGGAGAGGAGUAGGAGAGGAGGGGGAGAGGAAGGGAUGAAGGGGAGCGAAGAGGGGGAGACGAGGGGGACAAGAGAGGAGAAGAGGGGGAGGGGAGAAGAGGGGGAGAGGAGGGUGAAGAGGGGGAGAGGAGGAGGAGAAGAGGGGGCGAAGAGAGGGAGAAGAGGGGAGAGGAGUAGGAGAGGAGGGGGAGAGGAGGGGGAGAAGGGGGGAGAAGAGGGGGAGACGAGGGGAGAAGAGAGGGAGAGGAGGGAGAGGAGGGGAGAGAAGAGGGGUAGAGGAGGGAGAGAAGGGGGAGAGGAGGGGGAGAAGAGGGGGAGAGGAGGGGGAGAGGAGGGGAGAAGAGGGGGAGAGGAGGGGGAGAAGAGGGCGAGGGGGAGAAGAGGGGGAGAGGAGGGGAGAAGAGGGGGAGAGGAGGAGGAGAAGGGACGAAGAGAGGGAGAAGAGGGGAGAGGAGGAGGAGAGGGGAGUGGAGGGGGAGAAGGGAAGAGAAGAGGGGAGACGAGGGGGAGAAGGGAGGGAGACGAGGGGGAGAGGAGGGGGAGAAGAGGGGAAGAGGAGGGGGGAAGAGGGGAGAAGAGGGGAGAAGAGGGGGAGAAGAGGGGAGAAGAGAACGAGAAGAGGUGGAGAAGAGGGGACGAAGAGUGGGAGAAGAGAGGUCCAGAAAUGCGGUAGGAGUGGUGAUGAGGUCGAUGUUGUGA